AUGACCGGCUUUGCUAUGGUGGGCGUCAUUUACGACACAACCAACGUUGGGUACCAUGCCAGAGCAUUCCAGGCAAUGAGUAUGAUCCUGAUGACAUCGCGACUGAUACUAAUAGUGCAGUAUGGAGUUAUACUGCUGUAUGUACGACAAUAUCGCAACACUCGCAUUCCACUUCUGGCGACCAUGGCUACCCUCCUUAUUGCUGCGGUUGUGUUCCUCGGCACGUAUUGGGGAUUCGACGUCGUUGACGGCACUGAUCCCUCGGGUGAAGCAACAACGAGGCUGGCGCACCCUGACACGUAUCUUGCCUGGUAUGUGGUCGCCGUUCUGGAAGCGACCUCGGUUCUUGCGAUUUCAUGCACGUGGCGUGUGGUGAGUUUCAAGCGGACGCAUCUUGUCGAACGAGUAGGACUUUUGACUUUGAUUAUGAUGGGGGAAGGCAUUAUAUCGAUCACCAAGUCGGUGUCUCAGAUUCUUUGGAACGUGCGCACUGUGAGAGGUUCAGAUAUUGGUAUCAUUGCAUCAUGUGUCCUGCUAAUAUACUUUAUAUGGGUUCUCUACUUUGAUCAGAUAGAGCACGAUCGAUUCGGGACGAUUCGUCAGCAAAUCUGGGCAAUGCUCCAUUUCCCUCUUCAUGUUGCGAUACUCCUAACGGUAGAGGGAGGCUCUGCGUUGAUUCUUUGGAGCAUCAUAAAACGCUACCUUACUGCAUGGAUAAAUGUGUAUGUCGAUAUUCCUGACUCUGUCAACUCGACGGCGGGUCUUGUGGCAUAUCUCGAGAAUGCAAUCAGUACAAUUGAUGGCUGGAAUAAGCAAAACCAGCUGGCACAAUUCUACAAUUAUCAAAACAACCUGACAUCACUCAGUGCCAUAACAGCAGUACCGUACAAUUCGACUCAGUGGCAGGACCAAGCAGAGCCGAUCCUCACUGAUCUUCUUUAUGGAGUUCUCAAUGCGAUAUUUGAACAAUUCGCGGUUGUAGGGCCUCAUCUUCCAAACCACAGUGCAUAUGAAUCUCAAACCACGAGAACAAACGCUUUGAUGAAUGUUUUUGGCACGGUUUUCGUGUACUUCUACCUGGCAGCUGGGUGUUUCCUAAUUGCACUCGCUGUUAUGUACUGGUUUGGGAAAACACAGAAAACUAUAGGCGAGUGGCUGUCUAUUCUUCUAAGAACAAUCGUUGGAGCCGGUCUUGCCGUAUUGUGUCUAUUCAGCUUCACGACAGGAACAGCCACUACAGCAUUUAUAUUCAGCAGCUGGCAAAUCCCAAUUGUCGUGGUCUGUUACUUUAUUGUGAUCACCCUGGACAACCUGUUGUUAUGGCGCACGAAUAAGCUCGUUGCUAAGAGGGUAUCGAACACUCAGCUGUCAAUUGCGAAGACCUGUAAUCCAGCUCACAAUCAAGCCAACAAAGCACCUCAUCCUGACGUUGAAACAUUGAAGGGCUCUUCUUGA